AGCUGCGGCUGGCGGGCGGGAGGGCGAUGCCGGGUGCCGGAGCCCGUGCUGAGGAGGGCGGUGGCGCUGGCGGCGGCGAGGGCGCGGCGGGGCCGGCGCGGUUGUGCGGCUACCUGCAGAAGCUGUCGGGCAAAGGCCCGCUGCGCGGCUACCGCAGCCGCUGGUUUGUGUUUGACGCGCGCCGCUGCCACCUCUACUACUUCAAGACCCCACAGGACGCGCUCCCGCUGGGCCGCCUGGAUAUCGCCGACGCCUGCUUCUGCUACCCGGGUGCCGACGAGGCCGCAGAACCUGGCGCGGAGCUGCCCGCGCACUUCCAGGUGCACAGCGCGGGCGCCGUUGCAGUGCUGAAGGCUCCUAAUCGUCAGCUCAUGACUUACUGGUUACAGGAGUUGCAGCAGAAAAGAUGGGAAUAUUGCAACGGCCUGGACAUGGUGAAGUGGGACAGCAGGACGUCCCCCACUCCUGGAGAGUUCCCUAAGGGCCUUGUAGCCAGAAGUAACACAGAUGUUAUUUAUCCGCACCCAAAUACUUCCGCAGAAAAAGCCAGAAAUGUCCUAUCCACGGAAACUAUUCCUGGAGAGCUGGUGGGAGAACAAGCUGCAAACCAGCCAGCCCCAGGACACCAGAACCCCAUUAACUUCUACUCUCUGAGACAGUGGGGCAGUGAGCUCAAGAAUUCAAUGUCAUCAUUCCGUCCUGGCAGAGGGCAUAAUGAUAAUCGGAGGACUGUGUUUUAUACUAGUGAAGAGUGGGAACUUGUAGAUCCACCUCCGAAGGACCUGGAGGAAUCUGUGGUACCGGAGGAAAAGAAGAAGCAGAUCCCUGAGGGUAGCAAAGGAAUAUCUGGCUCAGGAUUCUCUAUUGAUUUUGGACGUAACCCCUAUAAAGGGAAGCACCCUUUGAAAGACAUCAUUGGAUCAUACAAGAAUCGGCACAGCAGUGGAGACUGUGUGAGUGGGAUGUCGGGCACUGGCAACGUCAGGCUGGCCUCUGAGAUGCAGCUGCAGGUUCAAAGCCAGCAGGAGGAGCUGGAGCGUUUGAAGAAAGACCUUACCAGCCAGAAGGAGCUGGUCAGGCUGCUGCAGCAGACAGUACGGUCUUCCCAGUAUGACAAAUAUUUCACGAGUGGCCGAUUCUGUGAAGGAGUCCCUGGGGCCACGCUGGAGCUGCUCCACCAAAAGGACGAUCAGAUUCUGGGCCUCAGCAGUCAGCUGGAGCGGCUGAGUUUGGAGAAGGAGAGUCUGCAGCAAGAAGUGAGGACCCUGAAGAGCACGGUGGGCGAGCUUGAUGAGCGGCUGGGAAUGCUGAUGGAGACCAUCCAGGCCAAGGACGAGGUUAUCAUCAAGCUCAGCGAGGGCGAGGGCAGCAUGCCUUCCCCCUCAACACCGGGAUCCCCCCUGGCUCCCCCAACCAACAGGGACCAGCUGGAGGUGGACAGGCUAAAAGAUAAUCUACAAGGUUACAAGGCCCAAAAUAAAUUUCUAAAUAAGGAAAUUUUGGAACUCUCAGCUCUACGAAGAAAUGCAGAAAGGAGGGAGAGAGAGCUGAUGGCCAAGUAUUCCAGCUUGGAAGCCAAGCUCUGCCAGAUAGAAAGCAAAUACCUGAUAUUGCUUCAAGAAAUGAAGACACCAGUGUGCUCAGAAGAACAGGGACCUACCCAGGAAGUCAUUGCCCAGCUGCUGGAGGAUGCACUGCAGGUUGAGAGCCAGGAGCAGCCAGAGCAAGCCUUCGUGAAGCCUCAUCUUGUCAGCGAAUAUGAUAUCUAUGGGUUCAGGACUGUGCCUGAUGACGAUGAGGAAGAGAAGUUGAUUGCUAAGGUCCGUGCCUUGGACCUGAAGACUUUGUAUCUCACAGAGAACCAGGAAGUUUCCACUGGGGUCAAGUGGGAAAACUACUUUGCUAGCACAGUGAAUAGGGAGAUGGUGUGUUCUCCAGAACUAAAGACCCUGAUCCGCUCAGGCAUUCCUCACGAGCACCGUUCCAAGGUAUGGAAGUGGUGUGUGGACCUCCACACGAGGAAGUUCAAGGAUGGUGCAGCGCCAGGCUAUUUCCAGGUCUUGCUGCAGAAGGCCCUGGAGAAGCAGAACCCGGCCUCCAAACAGAUUGAAUUGGAUUUGCUCCGAACCCUGCCUAACAAUAAGCACUAUUCCUGCCCCACCUCCGAGGGUAUCCAAAAGCUGCGCAAUGUCCUGCUUGCUUUUUCCUGGCGGAACCCAGACAUUGGCUAUUGCCAAGGGCUGAACAGGUUGGUGGCAGUGGCCCUCCUGUACCUGGAACAAGAAGAUGCUUUCUGGUGUCUGGUUACCAUCGUGGAAGUUUUCAUGCCUCGAGACUAUUACACAAAGACCCUUUUAGGAUCCCAGGUGGACCAGCGAGUGUUCAGAGACCUCAUGAAUGAGAAGCUGCCUCGAUUACAUGCCCACUUUGAACAGUACAAAGUUGAUUAUACUCUCAUCACAUUCAACUGGUUCCUGGUGGUGUUUGUGGACAGCGUGGUCAGUGACAUCCUCUUUAAGAUAUGGGACUCUUUCCUGUAUGAGGGUCCAAAGGUUAUUUUCCGUUUUGCUUUGGCAGUUUUUAAAUACAAGGAAGAGGAGAUCCUGAAAUUACAGGACUCAAUGUCUAUAUUCAAGUAUCUCCGCUACUUUACCCGCACUAUCCUUGAUGCUCGGAAGCUGAUCAACAUCUCUUUUGUGGAUCUGAAUCCCUUUCCUCUGCGCCAGAUCCGGAACCGACGUGCCUAUCACCUGGAGAAGGUGCGGCAGGAACUGACCGAGCUGGAGGCCAUCCGUGAGGACUUCCUGCGUGAGCGGGAGCCUGGCCCUGACAAGGGUGGGCUGGUCAGUGAUGAGGAGGAGGAUGCCUGAGACCCCUCCCCCAGAUGCUGCUCUUUGCUAUGGUAACCAAAGUAUGUCCAAAGUGAACUGCAGGGGUCGCUGCUCACUUAAUGCCCAGGUAUAACAUCUGUGGCCUCUGUGGGGCGGAUGUCCAGAGCCAGACUACACUUCCUUAUCCUGCUUGGACCUGGAGAGGAGUCUGCUGCAUUUACAGCCACAUCACACUGUAGCGUUUAGUCACAUGCGUUGCAGUCCUGCUUUCUGUCUGAUCAGUGUCACUAUGCACUUAUCAGCUGGUUGUCAGCUGUUUACAGCUUCUGCCAGCUGGGUUGGUUUUCACCCCAGGAAAACCGGCCUUUCUGGGUGCCUCCCAUGUCUGUUACUCUUCUUGUGCUCCUCUUGUACAUAGUGAGCAGAUGUGAGUGUGUUUUAAUGGCAGCACUUGGAGGCUGCACCAAGGGUUCAGAGUGAGGCUGUUUCCAUGGGGUGAGGUCAGUGUGCACAGAAGGGCUUCCUUAAAAAGCAAGCACACCUUUGUUCUGGAGUGGCCUUUGCUGAAAGCCCAUGAGCUUUCCUCUGCCAUGCCAUGCAUAGCCUUUCAUUAGUGGUUCCCCCUCCACAGUGGGGGCCUGGCCCUGCACCAGCCCUGUGUGAGAAGGUCAUGCCCCAGCUGGCCCUCUGCUUGGCAUCUGUGGAAAAACUUCCCAGCUGAAAAGGUGACUUAUGGAAGCCAUUCUCCACGUAUGGCUGGGAUAGGACUCUAGGUGAACUGCCUGCCCCUGGGGAGGGUGUAGAUGCAGGUAUGGAGUUGCUUUUCAGGUGGCUGCACAGCUAGUGGACAAGAUCCCAGGGUGGCCAGUGCUCCUGUGUCUUCCUGUACCCGAGCUUAAUGAUACUUUUGCUGAGGUGGGGGCUCACGGGAGCACUCACCCAGCCCCAUGCGGCUGCCAGACAGCCUUGUUCUUGGUGAAGACAUGGGAUCCCCGUGGCCCCAUGUGUGGCGUGGCAGGCUGCCAGGCAGGUCCUGGCUAUUUUUUUAUUUUGAGCUGAUUGGGACCAUCCCUAAGGUGUGGGUAUUGUGUUUCCUGACACAGUAUUACUCAAUACAAGAGAAGCAGUCUUACAUGAAGUAUUUUACACUACCCGGAAAAAAAUUGAAAACGUCUCUAGUUGAUAUAAUCAUACUCCUAAGAAUCAAGGCAAUGCAGUUUUUUUUGUUGUUGUUUUUUUUGUCUUUUUUUCUUUUUUAUCAGUACCAGGGAUCGAACUCAUGACUGCCUGCUUGCAAGGCAGGUGCUUAUGCCACUGAGCUAAAUCCCCAGCCCCUAAGGCAAUGCAGUUUUAAGUGCUCCUGUAACCAGUUUUCCUAUGGUUUUUCUUUCUUCUGUCAGCCUUCUAGUGGGUUUUGUGGCUGGAUUACUACUUUAGCACAUAUACUGAACUCAGCUUCUGUAUUAUGCAGAGGGAGCUGGUCUCUCUAUUCAGCAGCUUGUAUCAGAAAUGUGUCUUGCCAUUGUGUGUGUCUUGGAAGUGGGUUUGGAGGCCUGGCUUCUCCAGACAGCAGCCCCUGAGUGGGGAGCCACAGUCUGCUACUGUUCUCAGGUACAGGUCACUUGUUGGUGGACCUCAUCCCUCCUCUGGAGAGGCCAUUAGCUGGGGACAGCUGCUGAGGAGGCACAGGGGACAGGGGUGGGUACCUUCUGGGUCAGCUCCAGGUCAGUUUCCACACGAGGUGCCAGCCCAAGCUGCCAUAAUAGCUCCUCAGGAGUGUACAUGUUUGGUCUGGCUUGCCCUGGAAAGAUGCAUCUCUGUGGUGCCUGCAGGGUGGGGGCUCCUCUGUGACCAGGCAGUAUGUAGGAACAGUGAUCCUGGAAAUGGACUGGGUAUCUUCCUGAAGGGGUGGUAGGGGGAGGUGUUGGUCUGGUUCCAGGUUGGGGACAGGAUAGGCUGAAGCCCCACUGUCUCCUGUAGCUGAGACCUGUCCUAUCCCUGGCACCCCCCUGGCCCCUCCACCAGCUACAUGAAGAGCACCUCUGGCUACAGCGGGUGCGCUGUUCGUCUUGCACAUGGUCUGCACGCUGGGGCUGGUGGAGUUGCCAGCUCUGCAGUUGUUGUUUUUAAAUAGGUUGAACUUUUUAAUACUUUUAUAUAUUUUUACUACAGUUUAUAUUUUUGUAGGCUAUUUUAUCAACAUUUUUCUAGAUUCUGUACAUCUAUUUUCUGUAACAAGUUCUAUUUUGUGUGCACGACUCCCUUGUAUGUAUUUAUGUAAGCCUGAGUCUCCCGACUGCUCUUUCCUCUAUAUCAUCUUUACCUUCAGCCAUGAACUUGGUGUUUACGUGCCCUCUCCUCACUUUCCUUUCCUUGGUAGCUUGGUGCUGCUUGUCAUCAGGCUAACAGCUGGACAGUGGGAGCUAGGACUUUGGAUUGCAGAAAACACUGUGAUUUCCAAUAUGUUAUGCUGACAUAGGAAGCACCCUAGGCAAACCCCAGUCAGGUUUUCCUAAUGAAGCAUUUGCAUGGUUGCAUGAGCCCCCCUUGUUUUUUAUCUAAUGUUGUAUUUUUGUGCAGCAGGUGACUGUCCUUCCAUAUGACAGCAGCUUCUGUACUGAUGUUCAGGAUAAAAUAAACUCCUUUAUGUAA